AACCGGGGAAAGGCCGGCGUCCUACAUAAAGCGCGCGGGACGGGGAGUCGCGGAGGCACUCACAGGCGAGCACCGCUGCGGGAAGGAAGGUUCCGGAGAAGACUUCCAGAAGAUAAAAAAAAAAGAUGAUGAUAAUGCACCCCCAGGAUCAGGAGUUCCCUCUUGGGAUCUGUUUGACCACCUUGAUCCUCUUGGGCAGCUUUGUCUCAGUGGGAGGAGCUGCUCUGAAGCUGGAGGCUCCACCGGACGUCGGCGCCACUGUUUUGAACCACUCCAUGAGCCUGGUGCAGCGAAUGGAAGGCCUGCUGGCCGGCGGCAACGGCAGCGACGUCACCCUGCGCGUGCACACCAUCAACACGGAUGAGGUGAAGGUGAUCCAAGCCCACAGCCUGGUUCUCACCAUGCAGAGCGACGUGUUCGAGGAGAUGCUGCUCAACCGCAUUAACGGCACGGUGGUGCUGAGGGAGACGCCCGACUGCGCCGCUGUUUUUGACAAGUUCAUCAGGUAUUUGUACUGCGGCGACGUGUCGCUGCGGCUGGACCAGGCUAUUUCUUUGCACAAGCUGGCCAGCAAGUACCACGUGUGGGGCUUGCAGCAGGGCCUGACCCAGUACAUGACCCAACAUCUGUCCAGCGAUUCUCCCACGGGCCACGUGGUGGGCUGGUACAACUACGCCCUGCAGACCGGAGACAUGUCCCUGCGGGACAGUUGCCUGCAGUACCUGUCCUGGAACCUGUCCUCCGUGCUGCAGAGUCAGGAAUGGGCCUCCAUCAGCGAGGACCUGCUCCUCUCCUUGCUCCGCCGCUCGGAUCUUAUUCUGCAGAGCGAGCUGGAGCUCUACGAGGCCCUGGAGGUGUGGAUCGACCAGAACCAGCCUGACGCUAAAACGGUGGAGACGGCGCUGAGGGCGGUUCGGUACGGCAUGAUCCCGCCUCAUUACCUCUUCCGUCUCCAAAAGCAAUCCGCCCUCAUGCAAAAGAACUACGAGUCCAUCCGGGAUCUGCUCUACCUCGCCUUCCAGUUCCACUCGGCCUCACCCAUCACCUUGGCCAAGUACUUUGACGUCAACUGCAGCAUCUUCACCCCCCGCAACUACCUGUCCUCCUCCUGGGGCUCCCCUUGGAUCAUCAACAACCCCACCCGGGACGACCGCAGUUUCAGCUUCCAGACGCAGCUGGGCCCCAGCGGCCACGACGCCAGCAAGCGCGUCACCUGGAACUCGCUCUUCUCCCCCCGCUGGCUCCCGCUGAGCGCCAGGUCCACCUACACCGAGAUGGGCGCCAUGCAGCCCACGCGCACCGACGGGGGCCGACCCCGCAUCAUCGUGACGCCGGCCACCUCCAGCGCCGACUUUGCCGGGGUGAGCUUCCAGAAGACGGUGAUCGUGAUGGCGCGGCAGCAAGGGAAGGUGGUGGUCCGGCACGUUUAUAACUUUCACCAGAGCACGGAGGAGGCCGGAGACUUCUUGGCGGGGGCCGACCUGCAGCGUCGCGCGUCAGAUUACCUGAUUGACAGCUCCCUCUACUUGCACAUCGUGAUAAAACCUCUCUACCAUACCCUCCUGGUUGCAAGGAAAUAAAUUCACACACCCUCUCGUAGGCAAAGAUACUCAUAUCGCAGCACCCUCAACAUUUUUCACUACUUUGUCUUCCAUUUACAGUCGUGGUCAAAAGUUUACAUACACUUGUAAAGAACAU